UGUUUUGCAUGCUUCUAAAAGUCAUAAUUGAACCGGCCCGGUGUUGAAAUUUAUUGUUAUUAUUUACUUAUGAACGAUUUAUCAUCUAUAAUUUAAUAAAAAGUUAUGUAGCAAUGGAUGAAAAAUUAUUAGCAGCUUUGAGGCAUAUUCAAGAAGAGACGAAAGACAAGGAAUUAACCAAAACAUGUCAAAAACUUCGGAACUGCCUGCGUGAUAAUCCAGACUCUGUCGACAAUAUAAUACAAAGUUUAGCUGAAUAUGUUGUCAAUUUUGAUGAUGUACUAUUAUUUCGGAAAUACUUGUCAAACUUUCUAUUAGCCUUAGUUUCUAAGAAAAUCGUUUUGAAACCUGUAUUUAUCAGCAACAAUCAUGAGAAUGCCACAGAUUGUGAGAAAACAAAUCACAUGCAAUAUUCUAUUGUUCUCGGUUUAUUGAGUGACCACCCUGAUAUACUGCAAUAUGCACAAAAAUAUUUUCAAAUAAAUCCGAUUCCGCCUUAUGAAAUAUUCAUUCACCAUGAGGAUUCAUAUAAUGUGGCACCGAAGAAACGGAGACUACAGGAUUUUAGACAGAAAAUAUCUGACCAUCACUUAGUGUCCUGUUGUUAUAAAUUACUAUCAAAAUUGCCUAGUGCAUUUUCAAUGAAAUGGGACUGGACAAAAUUUGUCAUUAACUUUAGCCACCAUGAAAAUGAUGAAAUAAGAUGGAUGGUUAAAGAAUGUAUGGUAAUUUUGACAUAUAUGACUGAGAGUCAGUCAAAAACUCUAUCCAGGAAUCUUAAUGUAUCUGAUGAAACCAAUCUUAAAAACUUAUUUAGAGAGAAUGAGACGGUACUUGGCCAAAGUUGUGAUAAUGCAAACAUCAAAACAGAUUCUGUCGUGAAUGUUGAUGGUAUAGUUUUACCUAUAUAUGAUAAAGAAAAUGUCCAAGAUGGAAAUUUAGUAAAAGUUAAAUCUACUAUUAAUAAUUUACGAAGUCUAGCAUUAGCAGUUGCUUCAGGCAAGGCAUUAUCACUUAUGGGUCCUGUAGGAUCUGGUAAGACAUCCCUGGUUGAAUACCUGGCAGCAGUUACAGGCAGAAAAGGCAUAGCAUUCAAGAAGGUCCAACUUGGUGAUCAAACCGAUUCAAGAAUGUUACUGGGAUCACAUCAAUGUACUGAUAUACCAGGAGAAUUUAUAUGGGCACCCGGUGUGUUAACUGAGGCGGUACAGAAUGGUCAUUGGCUCCUUCUUGAAGACAUUGAUAGUGCAGCCUUGGAUGUGGCUUCUACGUUAAGUUCACUAUUAGAGAGAAAUACAUUAUGUGUUCCGGGGUACAGAGAUGUAUUGCCAGUAACACCUGGAUUCCAACUCUUUGUUACGCAAAGGACAGUUGCAACAAAUUUCGGCUUCCAAAGAAAGACAUCUAGCUCCAGCGCAUUACUUCAAAAGCAUUUAACUGUUAUAAAUGUUGAGCCUCUGUCACGAUCAGAACUAGCAGAAGUUGUACAAACACUAUACCCAAGUUUGACUACCAUCACACCCAAAAUGAUUGAAGUUUUCAUGAUGUUUUCUGUGGGUUGUCAUGAUACAUCAAUACAAACAACAGAGGCUGUUGAUAGUGAAAACACUGUGCCAUUCUUACGCGGCUCUAGACUUAUAUCAACAAGAGAUUUGAUGAAGUGGUGUGCCAGAGCUGUUAGUGGGUUUAACGUAUGUAGUGCUGAUUCAGCAUUGAAAGUCCUCCAGGACUCCUUCGAUAUAUUUACCUGUUCUGUUUCUUCGCCUGAAAAUAGAUUGCAGUUAGCAAAGAAAGUCGGAACUUGCUUAGGUAUCGUUGAAACAAAGGCCGAGUUCUACUGCAAACAUUACAAACCACAUGUUUCACUUCAGCCGAGCUCAUUAGUUGUGGGUAGAGCGACAAUUCCAAGACUGGAAAAGAGUUUAGAAUCUAUUGACUUUGAAAAUAAAGAAGUAGUAUUUUCUUUUACGCGACAGUCCGCAUGCCUUCUUGAAAGAAUUGCUUGUUGUGUUGUAUCAAACGAGCCCGUUUUAUUGGUGGGGGAGACGGGGACGGGAAAAACAUCAUCCGUUCAGUACUUGGCGAAACAAACUGGUCAUAAACUGAUUGUUAUUAAUAUGAACCAACAAUCUGAUUCUGCUGAUCUUUUGGGCGGAUAUAAGCCCGUCGAUCUCAAAUACGUAAUACGUCCGAUCAAGUCUGAAUUUGUACAAUUAUUUAAAUCUUUCUACAACAUGGAAAAGAAUCAAAAGUUUUUGAAUCACAUUGAGACUUGUUAUGACAGUGAAAAUUGGUCUGCGUUACUAGCGUUGAUGAAACAAAGUCAUAAUGCGGCAAUAAAAAGACUUACAGCUGACAAGAAAGAGAAGAAACUCAAAUUAUGGCUAUCUUUUGGCUACAAACUAAACAAAUUGGAACAGCAAGUGAAGGCAGAAUCCAGAUUGACUUUCGCUUUUAUAGAAGGAUCUCUGGUUAAGGCUAUGCAAGAGGGGUAUUGGGUGCUAUUAGACGAAAUCAAUUUAGCGUCUGCUGAAAUAUUGGAAUGUUUAGCAGGUUUACUAGAAGAUAAAAACGAAAAUGUAGAAUUACUGGAGAAGGGUGACAAGGUUCCCAUAAAAAGACAUCCAGAUUUUACCCUUUUCGCGUGCAUGAAUCCUGCCACUGACGUCGGUAAAAAGGAUCUGCCAGUAGGCCUUAGGAAUAGAUUUACAGAAUUUUUUAUCGAUGAACUAACAGAGAAGACUGACUUGAUGCUGCUAAUCGGGGAUUAUUUAUAUCAUAUGAACUUAAGUGGUGCUGUGUUGGAGUCCAUUUACAGUUUUUAUUCAUCAAUAAGGAAGGAGGCUAAGCUGAACUUAGUGGAUGGGGCAGGAAAUGCACCUCAUUAUUCCCUGAGAACUCUUUGCCGGGCGCUUACUGCUGCAGCUAAAGCAAAAUGCGGUCCGGUGGCGCGUUCACUGUACGAGGCUUUCUGCCUCUCAUUCUUGACACAGUUAGACAGAGCUUCGCAUCCUAAAGUUGAAGCAAUGAUUGCCAAGGCUGUGCUGGGAAAGAGAAACAUCAAUUCAGUUCUAAAACAAAUGAUACCCGAACCGCAGACACAAGGGCAAAAUUACUUACUCUUUGAAGGACAUUGGAUACCUCAAGGCAAUUUGGAAAUUGAUAUCCCUGAGGGGUACAUAUUAACGACCACUGUCAGGAAAAACCUCCGUGAUAUUGCCCGAAUCAUAUCGCUGGGACGAUUGCCAAUACUUUUACAGGGUGAUACAUCUGUAGGAAAAACGUCACUUAUCACUUAUAUUGCUAAAGCGUCGGGUAAUUACUGUGUUAGGAUAAAUAAUCAUGAGCAUACAGAUCUUCAAGAAUAUAUAGGAUCUUAUGCAACAGACGCAAAUGGGAGCCUAGUGUUUAAAGAAGGGGUUCUUGUGGAGGCAAUGAGAAAAGGUUAUUGGAUAAUACUUGACGAAUUGAAUUUAGCACCUAGUGACGUUUUAGAGGCGCUAAAUCGUGUCCUGGAUGACAAUAGAGAACUAUUUAUACCAGAAACACAGGAAGUAGUGAGAGCAGAUCCAAAUUUUAUGUUAUUUGCAACUCAGAAUCCUCCAGGCUUAUAUGGUGGUAGAAAGGUUAUGUCACGUGCUUUUAGGAACAGAUUUGUCGAGCUCCAUUUUGAUGAAAUACCAAGAAACGAGUUAGAAACGAUAUUACAUCAGAGAUGCCACAUUCCGCCGACGUAUAGUAAGAAAAUGAUUGAAGUAAUGGCCGAGCUGCAAGUUAGAAGGCGAGGCUCGGCGGCUGUACAAGGCAAAGAUGGUUUUAUAACAUUAAGAGACUUAUUUAGGUGGGGUCAGAGAUAUAAGCAUGCUUCAAAAGAAACGUUGACGUCGGAUAAAUUUUAUGACUGGGAUCAACAUAUAGCUGAUGAAGGCUAUCUUAUACUAGCUGGCAAAGUGCGCCAAGUAAAUGAAAGAAAUAUAAUAGAGGAAGUUAUCGAAAAACAUAUUAAAAGAAAGAUUGAUCCAGAAAAUCUAUUUACAUUACAUGAAAACACAUCUGCUGUUACAAAAUCAAUCUUGGAAACUAUACUGAAUAAUCAACUUCCAGAGUUUUCGCAUCUGGUGUGGACUUAUAACAUGAGACGAUUAGCUGUAUUAAUAGCGAAAGCGUUUAGUUUUGAUGAACCAGUCUUAUUGGUGGGGGAGACUGGGUGUGGAAAAACAACAAUAUGUCAAGUGUUGGCUGCUAUGAGUGGUAGAAGUUUGCUUUCAGUAAAUUGUCACAUGCACACCGAAAGCUCUGACUUUAUUGGCGGGCUGAGACCUGUAAGACAGUACAAAAAUGAUGGUCGUCUGUUCGAGUGGGUAGAUGGACCUUUGAUCAAGUCAAUGGAAAAUGGAAGCUUAUUCCUUGCUGAUGAGAUUUCCUUAGCAGACGAUAGUGUAUUGGAAAGAAUGAAUUCACUUCUUGAGCCUGAGAGACAACUUGUAUUGUCUGAGCGUGGUACUGACGAAAGUUCAGAUAUUGUGGUGAUCAAAGCGAUCAAAAACUUCCAUUUUAUUGGCACCAUGAAUCCCGGGGGAGAUUUCGGUAAAAAAGAACUUUCACCUGCCUUACGGAAUCGUUUCACAGAAAUAUGGUGCGACCAUAUCAGUGCCAGAAGCGAUUUAUUAAAAGUGUUAGAAAAAAGUGUGAGCAAUGGUAUAAUAUUAGGAAAUGAUGAUAGAUGUUCGGGUAUUUCGAAUUGUAUAUUGGACUUUACGGAGUGGCUGAAGACCUCUGAAGUCACCAAUAAAUUCCCUUUUAGUAUACGAGAUCUGCUUUCGUGGGUACAAUUCAUAAAUUUGGCAGUUGGAAAAAAAAUAUUAGAUCCAGCCGCUGCAUACGUCCAUGGGGCAUGUAUGACAUUCCUUGACUGUUUUGGUACGGCCCUGACAGGUCAUGUCGAUUCUGAAACGUUAUUUAUUCUUCGAAAAAAUGCAAUAAGCUUUUUAGUAAACCAAAUAAAAACAUUUGGAUAUGAAGAUGCAGAUAAGCUGAAAGACUUAUUUAGUAACAAAACUGUUUCGUUUUCUGCAGGAAUUAAUGAUCAGAAAUUUGGUAUAAAGCCGUUUUACAUUGACUUAGGUGACCAUAUGAAUAUGACUGAUGUGGAAAAAUUUACAUUUACCACCCCUACAACUGGUGCAAAUACUCUUAGAAUUCUCAGAGGGCUUCAGUUAAACAAAGCAAUACUGCUAGAAGGAAAUCCAGGAGUAGGUAAAACAAGUUUAGUGACGGCUUUAGCUAUGUCAUCUGGACAUAGAGUAGUUCGCAUAAACCUGAGUGACCAAACGGAUAUAACAGAUUUGUUUGGAACUGACCUGCCAUCCGAAGAUGGUUCCUUUGUAUUUAAAGAAGGUGUAUUUUUGAAUGCUCUACAAAAUGGAGACUGGAUCUUAUUAGACGAACUUAACUUAGCACCUCAACCUGUUCUGGAAGGUCUAAACGCAUGUCUCGAUCAUAGAGGUGAAAUAUUUAUCCCAGAAUUGGGAAAAACGUUCAAAGUAAAACAGCAAACUAAGCUAUUUGCUUGUCAAAAUCCGUUGAAACAAGGAGGUGCCCGCCGAGGCUUGCCAGUAUCAUUUCUGAAUAGAUUCACGCAAGUUUAUAUUGAUACGAUGACUAAAGAUGAUCUCAAAUAUAUAGUGGAAGCUCAAUAUUCGCAGUUACCCAAGGAUAUUUUGCACCGAAUCGUAGAGUUUAAUUGCAAAGUUUCUCAUGAAAUAAUUGAAAUACAAUCAUGGGGACACAGAGGUGCGCCAUGGGAAAUGAACUUACGUGAUGUUCAAAGAUGGUGUGAGGCGCUUGUUAAAGACCAAAGCGAAGGAAAGAAGGUGUCUCCUGGAAAAUUCGUGGAUAUGAUUUAUGUUAAUAGAAUGAGAACCUUGGAAGACAAGGAAAAAAUGAUAAAUGCUUAUAAUGAUAUUUUCUAUCCACUUUAUCCAAGGAGCGAUGACCAUCCAAUGUUUUGCAUAAAUAAUAAUAUAAUUCAUAUUGGUGACGUUUCCUUACCAACUAGUGUGGAGAGAUCCUACAAAAAUAAGCGAGUGCUUGAUACUAAUUUGCUAAUACUUCGAAGUCAAUUACCAUACAUAAAAGCUUUGGCUCAAAAUGUCAAAAUGAAUUGGUUAACAAUUCUAGUUGGACCAACUGCUGUAGGCAAAAGUAGUCUAGUACAAGUUCUAGCAGAUUUGACAGGCAAUGAACUGCAUGUCAUACCAGUCACAACAGCCAUGGACAUUUCCGACCUUCUUGGAGGCUUUGAACAAGUUGACUGGAAUAGGAAUUUGGAAAAUCUUUACGACGAUAUUGAGUCAUUAACAUUAAAGGUUGUAAGAGAUUUGUGGUUGUUGCAAGAUUUUAAAAUAUGGAAAUCAAAUAAGUUGCUAAGCGAUCUUUAUGAGUAUAAGUAUAAUAAGUUAUGUGUCACCGAAGACAAGUCCAGUAACCUUGACCGUAAACAGUUUAUGGACAAGAUAAGAUUCCUCACGGAACAUUGUGAUAAAUUAAUAGACAGCAGUAAAAUUUGUAAUUUGCCUACAGAUAAUAUAAACAAAACAAUGAAAAAUUUAGCUAAUUUACUGAGUAAGAUAUCUAAGAUGUCAUCUGUCAAUGCAGGUGGUAGAUUUGAAUGGAUUGAUUCAUUACUGGUGAAGACAAUGAUAGAAGGCUCUUGGCUGCUUUUGGAUAAUGUUAAUUUGACCUCUGCAGCUGUACUAGACAGGCUGAACGGUCUUCUAGAGCAAAAUGGAGUCCUAAGUAUUCCAGAAAGAGGAGAAAUUAACGAGAUCAGACCACAUCACAAUUUCAGAGUAUUCUUCACAAUGGACCCAAAACACGGUGAAAUUUCGCGCGCCAUGAGAAACAGGGGUGUUGAAAUAUACAUACUGAGACCAGAUAAUUUGGAUUUGGGCUUGUCAGAAACUCUGCCCUACAUGGAUCUUGUCGCAUUGUUAUUAUCAUGUGGUCUGCCUAAUAAGUAUCACGACAUAUGCAUACGGUGUCAUGAAACAAUGACUGAAUUUGUACAAGGUAUAGAUCGUCCUACCGUCUCACAUCUACUACAAGCCGCGCACUUAAUUAGACAACAAUUAGUUAGAGGCUUCUCAUUCAAGACCGCCUUGCUAAAUAGUUUUUCUGAUGUUUAUAUCAAACCAAGAAGUGGGAACGAUUUCAGUUCCAACAUUACCAAAUCAUUAGCUGAGAUGAAGAAUUACAUGCUCGAGGAACUGGAAAAUGAAUUAGGGUCGGAGAGCUUUGAUAGUGCCAGUACAGAUAAUGUUUCACAUACAUUAACAAUUCAAGGCUUGUGUGCAAACUCUGAAUAUGAAAUCGCUAAACAAAUUGCUUAUGCGCCAAUUAAACAGGCAAAUGAUGAUGAUGCCUCAAUAGAAACUGCUUUACACUGUCUGUUCACCAUGUUGAUAACCCAUCAAAAUUGUCCAAGAGAUGUUGCAACUGUGUAUCACCGCCUAGUAAAUAAAGCUGUAAUAACAUCAGGCAGCAAAUUGAGGGAAUUAGCUCAGGAACUGAAUGAAAUUGCAUUAAAAUUCUCAAUUAAUUCAAAACAUCAGUGUGAGUCAUAUAAGCGAAACUAUGAAGAGUCGUACGAAAUUGAUAGUGAUGUAAUUCACAAAAGCAAUAAAAUAUUUUCAUUGCUGUACAAUGAGUUUCAGAAAGUUUUGAUACAAUUAUAUUACACACAAAACUCUUUUUGUGCGCUCGAUUACUCCGAAGCUGUUCUGUCGUCGAAAAUUACUGAUGAUUUUGUACAAUAUCCAAUACUUAAACAAUGUAAACGUUUUGUUGAAAUAAUUGAUGAUAACAUUGUAAAAGCCUUUGAGAAAUGUGAAAAAAUUAACGAUGCAAAUGUGUGUGCCAUAUUACAAUUACUUAACUGGCGAAAUAGGUUUAAAAAGGCCUGUACUGUUCCUAUAUUUAAUGCCACCAAACAAAAGCGUGCUCCUAUUUUAAAUGAAGAUACAAUUCCAUUACUACAAGUCCACAAUAAAUGGAUUCAAAAAUAUUUAUUUGCAGCACUGUAUAAUAUGCUAGGAAACACGGAAGACAUUGAAACGUUUAAAAAGAAUGUUUCCAAUAUGAAUCUCGGUACCCAAGAAGACUAUUCAGAAAUCGGUAAAGUUGGCAAGAAGAUUAGAAAGUGCUAUGGACAGUCCAAGCUGUUCAAAGACCAAAAUGAAUAUAAUUUAUGCCUUGCCCGAUCUGAAACUUACGAAAAAAUUCAUCUCGACAUGAAUCAGCCUAUAGAUAAGCAAUUGUAUAAAGUGUCAGUAUGUGUUUUAUCUGCAAGUAAAUUAUUUGCCGUUGACAUUCCAAAUGAAACAAGUAUUAAAACCAUUGAAGAGGAUAUUAGCAAACUACAGCAACAUACUAAAGAUGCAUGCGGGGUAAAUUCAUCAGUAAAACUUGUGCCAAUAAAAUUAUAUAUUAUGAAUCGACUUUUGACCAUGUUGAGCGCACAAUUGCCGGAAUUGUUGCGGAAGUUUUUCGCGACAGAAGAUAUUUUGAUGAUGGCAUCUGAAAAUAAUGCUUUAGAAGUGCUGUCUAGUCUUAUUGAGUAUGGAAAAGUUGUUAAUGGAUUCCCGCGAGCGCUCCUUGAUCAACUCAAUGUACUACUCGAAUUAAGAAAAGGAAAUCCAGAUGUCACUAUUGAAAGAUUAUCAUCUUUACCGACGAAGUUUUGGGAUGAAUUCUACAAAAUGCUCACCACUUCGCCGGUUGUUCAUCCAUUGUUGUUCCUUAAUUCAAACUUCGAUAGGAACAGUACUGCCAUAGAAGAUAUUCCCUCGAACAGUCCGAGAUUUUCAAUGAAUUUACCGUUAAUGUCGUAUUAUAUUCAACAAUUGACAACGUUCAUCGAUGGGGAAGGAACUCAACCACGUCUCAUUUAUGAAAAAGUAUCGUUAAAGGACCGUGUAGAAUAUUCUUUGCAACUUCGGUCUAUCUUGAGUGUGUUGUGGAAAAAUAUCGCAACUCUUCAAUCUACCGCUGCUUAUAAAAUGAAAAGCGAUGCUCGCUUUGAAAUGAAGAAAUAUGAACACUUCAUAAUUUACCUCCAUUCAACAAUUUUAACCAAACAUGACAAUCCAAUUGUUAAAACCACAGACGAUAAAAUAAGUUUAGUUACAAAAUAUUUCAAAGAUACCAAGCAUUUCUUGGAUAUUUUGAUAAAGGCUGACGCUAUUUAUAAAGAGCUAAGAGAGGAAUUGAGUUCCAGGAACGAAGAAAAGUUAAAAAUGAAAAUGCUUACAUCACAACUAUCUGUUGCUUUGAGCAUUAUGUAUUUACAAUUUAUGGCUGAAGUCAACCCAAUAGAUCAUGUCGAGAAAUAUAGGAUGAAAGUUGAAUAUAUUGAAGAAGACGUCAAAAUGUUUAAUACCUUAUUGAGUUCUUAUUACGUGCAAGGUAUUGUAUCCGGCACUAUUGAAGAAAACCGAAAUAUUGAGAAAUCUUCACAAGUAACUUUGAAUACUUUGAAUGAUGUAGAAAAAAAGGAACAACUCAAAAAAGUUCACCCUUACUGUGCUAUUUUGAUGAAACUAAGAGAUCAGACUGCUAUGAGUAUCCAGAAGUAUGCAUCUGGUAACACUUUCAGGCCAAAGGAACCUUCAUACUCAUCUUUUGCUAAGGAAUGUAAGCAUUUUGUGAAGUCUGUUUUGUCGGAGAAAACAAUAAGUAUGAUAACAUCCAAUAUGACAGUGAUAUGCAACCAGCUUUAUGACGACUUUAAAACAAACACCUUCCACAAGUCGAGUUUACAAAAGGCGCACACAAUUGCAAAGGAAGCCAUGUCAUGGCUACAUUCAAUUAAAGCCUUUUAUAAGAAAAUCCAAGAUUCAUAUUCAGAGGCUUUCCCAGACUUGGCCAAGCCCUUGCAGGCCUCUCUAUCACAAAUUAUAUACAGUAUCACGACAUUCACUGAUCUGGUAAAGGAAAUCAUAGUUAAAAUUGAACAAGGACCGUCAUUGCCUGAUAUCUUAAGGGAUUUGAUGGUGUUUCCCAAUAAAAUAUCAAAAAGACAUACAAAGGAAAGUGAUCUUAAUAGAUUCAACACAAGUGAAUUUAUGCAAUUGGUGAUUAGACAAUCUACUGAUUCUGAUGGUAAUUUAAGUAAUGCAGAAGCGGCGAGCUUGGAAAUUUUAAAAAUGAAUUUGUCAGAGUUGAGUAUGUACACCACGUCAAGAGAACGUGUUGAUAACACGACGGUCAAUGCUGUACUAAGCACUUUGAAUGGAAUUGUUGCGGCGUGGGAGAGACAGAGACAAGAUAUUGAAAAAAAGAAACAAGACGACGAGGCUCUAUAUGUUACUAAGUCAAAAUGUGAAGAUGAAGACGAAGAAGCAAUCGCCUCCGAGGAAAUAAAAGAAAUGUUUCCAUCAUUCUCAGAUCUUGAUUUCGCCGAAUUUAAGCCACCAACGCUAGAACAAAGGAAAAUUAAACCUCCUGUAGAAAAGCCGAAACCUUUAAUAACUUCUGAAGAUGUAUCAUUGAUAUACAAGUGGCAUUCGAACUUUGUACAUAAUUUUACUGUGGCAGAAUGGUUAGCCAGCCCGAAAAAGUUGGUAGGGCAUGAUGUUGCUAAUCCGUUGCUUUUGCGAUAUCCGAUAUUCAGCCGGGUUGUACAGAACGCUUGGCCAGCUUUGGACGUGGAGUUUGAAAGCGAAAUUAGUCCCAGUCUGUUGGUCCUCUUAUCUCAUAUAAAAUCGCGGGUUGAUGGAAUUGAAUCAAGCAAUGUUAAAUUUGACUUCUACCGUUCAGAGUGGGUUUCCGAAACAAGGGAAUGUCUUCCGCUUCUUCACAAAGUGAAAGAGGCAACGGAGGAGUUGUUAGAGCAGUGGCCAGACUUCCCUUCAUUAAAAGAUAUAAUGGUGAUAGUGAAUAGAAUAAUGAGUUUCCCGAUAACCAGUCCCGUGUCUCGGUUCCUCACUGGCUUGGAGCUGCUUCGAGACAAGAUUGAAGAAUGGAACAAGAAUGCUCACAAAGGCAACAACAUGAUCGAGAUAUCGCUUGCUGUUGGACAGCAGAUUAUUAACUGGAGGAAACUAGAAAUGAGCCAUUGGAAAGAGUGCUUGAACAGUGUCUUUCACAGAAAACAAUCGGACGCGCACAAGUACUGGUUCUACAUGUACUCAGUGGUGACGUCGUAUUUGGACACGCAGAGCUCCGAAGAAGUGACGUCACCGCGCGUCAUCGCUGUGCUGCGCGACUUCAUGGAGAAGUCCAACGUGGCCGAGUACGAAGUGCGGCUGAACAUAGUCUACGUGUAUCAUUGCCAUCUGGUGCAUUUAGAGCCUUCGACGCGACGAGAUGAACUGAUAUCAAUAUUGUGGAACACGUAUAACUACUAUUUACAAUUCACACCGCAAGUGGCAACAUUCAUAAAAGAGAAGCGAACUCCGAUCGAGAAGAAGUUGCGUGAUUUUGUCAAAAUAUGUACGUGGGACAGAGAUCUGAGCUAUUGGAGUGUAAAGGACACAGUCGACAAAGCGCAUAAGGCGCUUCAUAAACAUACCAAAGAGUUUGAGAAAGUAAUAACAGAGAGUGUAUCUCGUUGCCUGGUAGACGGCACAAACAAAGCGAGCGUGGAUCAUGUGGGUAUAUGGGACCGACCCAAGAGAGUGGUGACAGCUAACAACCCGCCGGCAGGGGGCGCUUAUAUGAUCGAUGUGCAGCUGUAUAUAGUGCUUGCGAGGAAUAUAAAGAAAUACAUGGACCAAGCCGAAGAGCCUUGUAGUAUGCUACCAGAAAACAGUCUCCUCACAAAGAUACCCAGUCUGCUGAACAAGACUAAGCAACUGUGCAAGGACACAAUUAGUAACAGCGGAUACCCGACGCUGGUGCAAGCGCUCGAUGACUUCAUCACUGUGCUGAUUGAGACUAGCACGCACCUUGGCUCCUUAGAGGUAGAUAUAACCGCGCCAAAGGAUAAGCAGAAAUCACAGGCGAAAAACAUUGUGCAACAAAAACGCAAGGCGUUGGCAGAUUUGUUCAAAUAUCUGAGCAAGAUGGGACUCAACUAUAGAACGGGCUUGGUCAUAGUGGCUGCCUCCGCGGAACUUUACGACUUUACUAUACCGCCUGUUGAUUUACACGCUGCGAUGAGCUAUUUAAAGAACAGACGAUGCGACCCGACUCUUUCGAUGCUAUGGUCGGGAUGUGAGAAGUACUUCCAGAAGAAUAUCGCUCGACAUCGGCUGUUCACCGCGGCGCUACAAUCUCCACAUGCCGAUUUGGGCAUGCAGAACAUUGAGCGAUGCAAAGGGUUCGCUGCUCAGCUUAUGAAACUAACAGGCACCCAGAAGAAAUCAAUAGCAAAGUAUACUAGAUACGUUACAGAUCUUCGCAUAGUAACGACCAGCCUCACAAAUGCCCUAGAAUUGAAUUUGGAAAACGUUAACAUUGUAACAUUAAAUGAGAAACUGAACAUCUUAGCAGAUUGUUAUUCGCGAGUCUCCAUUACACUGGACCAGUUUAGUAUAGUCCUCAAAUCUUUACCUGAAAAAGGGUUUGAUACAGAGUGCGAGCCAACUUUUGAUCUUGCAUUGUCUAAUUCCCUUCUACCGCAAUGUUUUAAUGAUAACGAUGAAUGGCGUGAAUUGUAUAAACAAGUCAAAGCAGUCAGGACAAUGGUAGAUAAACAGAAGGCCGCUAUUUUUAAAUUAACCAACUCAACACUGAAACAUGUCGGUAAUAAUAUUGGAGAAAUACCAAUCGUUUCUCAAAGUCACAUAGAUACAGUCGAUGAUGCGUUUAAUUGUUUGGAAGCAGUAAAAGAAAAAAUAAACGCCAUUUUAAUCGAAUAUAAUUUUGACUUUAAAUGUAAAAUAGAAGAUGAUCAAACUUGUCAGCAUCCGUUGUUGCGAAGUUUGAUUGAUUUGGAUGACUAUUUGUCCAAUACAAUUGAUGAUUUGAAUAAAAUAGACAAAGUCGUAGAAGAAACAAUGGAAGAUGAGAAAAGCAGAGCAAUUAUGAACCAAGCUGAAGAUAUUGUAGCAAACAUGCUUUUAAUAAUACAGUCUGUGUACAAGAAACAUUUAAAGUCAGACCAAAGCAAUGAUUGUAUGAACGUUAUCAAUGAAAUUGAUGAAAUAAUUGGAGAUAACUUGAAAGACCCUUCAAAUGAAAUACUAGAAGAUGGCCAUUUAAAAGAACUCUUGCAGAAACAACUUGCAGAGGAUGGAAAGUUGCUACAAUUGGACUUCUUAAUUGAAAGAUUGAAAAGUUUGUUGAUAAAUUAUGUCGACUAUAUUUCAAAGAGGACGAACAUAGAAGAAGUGAGAUUGAGUUUGGCAAGAAUAGUGCCUAUAUUAGAACAGAUUUUGUUGUUCGUGCAAUACUUUAUGUCGCAGAAAGUUGCUGUUCACCGAGUGUCAUGUAAGAUGCUAUCUGUUCUGCUUAAGAUUUUCUCAGAUUUAGCAACUAAAGGAUUUUGCAAACCGUCCGAUCUGGAUAUGGAAGAGGGUGAUGGGGAAGAUGGCUCAGGGAAACUUUCUAGUGGCACUGGACUUGGUGAAGGAGAGGGACAAAAAGAUGUCUCAGAGAGGAUUGAGAACCAAGAUCAACUGGAUGAUGCACAUCGUCCUGGAGAAGAAAAGAAGGAGGAAGAUCGCGACUGUAAAGAAGAAGAGAAAGGCGUUAAUAUGACUGACGACUUCGACUCGCAUCUGCAAGACUUGGAGAAUAAAGAAGGUGAAGAGUCUGAUGAAGAGAAAGAUAACGAUGACGUUGAUAAGCAGAUGGGCGACACGGACAACGCAGCUGACAAAUUGGAUCAACAAAUAUGGGGUUCGGAAGAUGAAGAAGACGUUGACGAGUCUGCAGAUAAAAAAGAGAAAGAAGAGCGCGGUAAAGGAGAAAGUACGGGAGAAAAGGAAAUGGGUGCUAAGGAUGAAGAAGAUGGCGCCGAUGACGGGAGCUUGGGUAAAGAGAAGAAGCAGAAGAAGGAUAUCAACGAAAUGAACGAGGAAGAAGUUGAUGAUGAUCAUGUUGACAAAUACCACGGCAAUGAAGAGAAGCUUCCAGAACCAGAGGACUUUGAUAUGGAUGACAUGAAUGUCGAUGGAGAUGACAACGAACAAGAUAAGGAUGGUGAGACUGAAACAGAAAAUCCAUUUGAUAUUGACGUGAUGAAACAAAAUAUAACUGAAGAGGAACCACCUAAAGAAUCUGAAGAAAAGGAAAGCAAUAGGGAUGGUCUUGAUGUUUCUAGUGAUGAGGAUAAUGCCCAGGAUGAUGGUGAAGGUGAACCAGAUAACGAAGAAACCAAUAAAGAGGAAACACCAAAUGAAAAGGAGUCUCAAGGAAAUGAGGAUGAAGAAAAUGCGAAGGAGGAAGACAAUACAGAGAUAGAUUCAGAUAAGGAUGAUUCACAGGAACAAGAAUCGGAACCGGACGUGAAAGAUCCGGAAAACUUGAAACAGAAUCCGGACGCUAUUGAAGACGAGGAUGAUAAUGUUGUAGAGAAACCUCACGAAGCCAAUCCGCAAGCGAAUCCGUCCAACGAAGAUCCGUCAACAGAACGCGGGGAGAAUGCGGAAAUGGACAGAGGUGCCUCUGAUAACGUGGAGACCAAUGCUGAACAAGAUAAGGAUGACGAUGCGGUGCCUUACGAACAAGCCCAAGAGGAAGUUGGCGAAGAAAAGCAGUCGACAGGUCGUUCAGAGCUGGAUAAGAGUGAAAAGGGUCACCGCGGCGAAAAGCAAGCGGCCAAGUCAGAAUCGGCACUUGACACUAACCAAAAGUACGAGAACAAACCUGGCAAAUCUGAUCAAGAGAGGACACUUGGUGAGGUAAAUGAGACGCAACACAAGCAGGCCCGCACGCUGAAUGUGGAACGCGAGCAGGCGGAGGAGGAGGGCGGAGAGGAGCGGGGCGAGGACGGGGAACGAGAGGCAGAUGCGUUCCAGCACGUGAAGCAGGCGAGCGAGCGGGACGUGCAGGCUGUUGACGCUGCGACCAAGGAGCAAGCGGAGCAACAACCGAUGCUGCAACAAAAUGAUGAGAAGGGUGAUGAGCUUAAAGAAGGAGAAGAAGUGCCCAUGGAUAUAGAUGAAGAUAUACAGGUUGAGAAGUCCGAAGAAAUAAAGCCCGAACCGCUAAGAAGCGGUACAGAAAAAGACAAAGAGAAGACUGGCAACAAGGAUGGUGGGGAGGAACCCACCGGAGAGGGUGGAGUAGAAGUGGAAGGGGAGAAUGUUCUUACCGCCAAUGUGCCGCGAGGAAGGGAUACCACUUACCAUACCAGGUUGGAAGAACAGGCGUAUGAUGCGGAUGCUAUGCCCACGGAGCAGUACAUAAGCAUGCGCACGUGGGUGGAAGGCGGCGGCGUGCGCGGCGGCGGGCAGCCGAGCGCGGCGUGGCGGGCGGCGUGGCGCGACACGGCCGGCGCGGCGCGAGCUCUGUGUGAGACGCUGCGGCUGGUGCUGGAGCCCACGGUGCGCUCGCGGAGAGCGGGCGACUACCGCACGGGGCGCGCCAUCAACAUGCGCCGCGUGAUCCCGUACAUCGCGUCUCACUUCCGCAAGGACCGCAUCUGGCUGCGGCGCACCAAGCCCGCCAGGCGCGACUACAAGAUAGCCAUCGCCGUCGACGACUCCAGCUCCAUGGCCGACAACCGGAGCAGGGAGCUGGCCUUCGAGAGUCUGGCGCUCGUCUCUCAGGCACUAAAUCUUCUGGAGUCCGGCGACCUCGCCGUGCUCAGCUUCGGCGAGAAGCCCAACCUCCUGCAUCCGUUCAACGAGCAAUUCUCCGAGCACUCGGGCGCGAAGAUCCUCGAGCAUCUGCGGUUCGAACAGACCAAGACCAGGAUAGCGCAGCUGCUGGACUUCUGCAGCGUGAUGUUCGAGCAGCAGGCGAUGCGCAGCGAGGCGGUGAACGCGCGGCUGUUGGUGGUCGUGAGUGACGGACGAGGCAUCUUCAGCGAGGGGGAGGGGCGAGUGAUACAGGCCGUGCGCCGCGCGAGGACCAGCGGCGUGUUCCUGGUGUACGUCAUCAUUGACAACCCGGACAAUAAGGACUCUAUAAUGGAUAUUCGUCGGCCGUUACUGGACCCGGUGACCAACUCGCUCUCCGGCUUCGUGCCUUACCUCGACACGUUCCCGUUCCCCUUCUACCUCAUCCUGCGGGAUAUUGCCGCUCUACCGACCGUCCUCGGCGACGCACUAAGACAGUGGUUUGAACUUGCCGCAAAUACAGCGAGCUGAUAAUCCGUUCGAGCCAAUUAGAACUUUAAGUACAGUGUGAUUAGAGUUAAUUUUUAAAUCUAUAUUUAGUACUUAAGACACAUUUGUACUUUCCUUUGGAUAGCAUAUGAGGAUGAUUUAUUAUGAGUAUAUAAAUUGAUUUAAUUUGUACCAACAUUUAUGAUGGACGAUGCGGGACACGUAAUUUGGUACAAUUUAAAUAUGUACAUUUAAUCCCAGAAGUGAGGGUAUCACUAUAAAAAACAAUCAAUAUAAAUAAAUUGAAUUUUGUUUAAACAUCCAUAUAUUGUGUAAAAUAAAUCCGUCAUAAGAUCGCGUGGUAUAACUGUUUUUUUUUUAUGUCUGAUUUAAUUGAACCGCGUUCGAUAGAAAGUAUUUAUAUUGAAAAUAAAGUAUUUUUCAUGUUUAUAAAA